AUGACGCCUCUGGACGGAAGUGUGACAACUGCCUCGAAAAUGCCUGCCAAACCCCCGUCAGGACUUGCAAUGUACCCCAGCAAGAUGAGAACCACUACUGACGCUAUUAAUGAGCUGAUCGGUGGCGUCCUCGAUGAUGUUGUCCAGUGCGAUUACUGGCGACUUAACUACGCCAAUCCCGCGUAUGAGGCUAUAAUCGACAAGACUGAGCGAGGACUAUGCACGUUCCAUUACAAUCCCAAUGCGUUUGGCUCGGGGAAGAAGGGUUGGAGACUGUUCUAUGAGGACAGACAUUACGUCUCAAACGAGGGUGACGUCGUAGGAGCGUCGUUCAGCGAAAGUCGAGGAUGCAGCGUGUGCACAGAUCGUGAUUCUGUAACUCGCUCUUCCUCCCUAAGACACAGCGAAAACAUGAAUAAUAUCGGUUGA